AUGUCAGUAGAGGAUGAAAGUUUCGCAUCUCUCUUGAUCCUGGUUGAACCUCGCCCAAGGGCUGAACCGUUCGAACCAUCCCCUCAGAGUCGACCAUAUCUCCCCCUGAGCGGCUUCAUCGAACCUGAAGAGCUUUUCGCCGGUACCCGCAAUCACCCCCUCGCCGACUCUUCCUCAUUCUCGUCGCCUGAGCAGAGUCAAAAGCCAAAACAGCAAGCCCCACAGCGGCAAAAGAUAGACAACAUCAACAAGGAGAUUGACGCGACGAAAUAUGUGUUGAAUAAGAAUAUUGAGAUGAUCACGGAGAGGGGAGAGAGGUUGGAGCAUUUGGAUCAGCGGACGCGCACCGCCCAGUCAUUCAAGACCCAAGCAGCGGCGACUCGUCGAAAGAUGUGGUGGAAAAACAUGAAGUGGACCAUCUGUAUCGGUGUACUAGUAGUUAUCAUCAUAGCGGGAGCAGUCGGAGGCGCUGUCAAGGGGACACAAUGA